GUCAUCAAACAAUGGAAACCGCAGAGAAAGAUGAGGUACCAGUAGAAAAAUCAGAAGAUACUGGUAACAAUCUGGAGAGACUACCAGAAGGAUGUAUAUCUGACAUCCUAUCUCUAACAACACCUGCAGACGUGUGUAGAUCUAGUCUUGUUUCAACUCUUUUUAAAUCUGCUGCUGAUUCUGAUGCUGUUUGGGAGAAAUUCCUUCCGGCAGAUUACCAAGACAUCAUCUCCAGAGCAUUUUAUCCCUUUUCUUCAGCUGCGACGACCACAUCUAAGAAAAAGUUGUAUUAUCGACUAUCCGAUGACCCACUUCUCAUUGAUGAUGGUCUUAAGAGCAUUCAGUUGGAAAAAUCUAGUGGAAAGAAAUGUAUCAUGCUUGGAGCAAAGGAGCUUGCAAUUGUUUGGGGAGACACUCCUCAGUACUGGUUUUAUCGAGGGUGCCCUGACUCCAGGUUCGCUGAGGUGGCCGAACUGCGAUGCGUAUGGUGGUUUGACAUCCGUGGGAAGCUGGAAAUCCAAAUGCUAUCCCCAAACACCUUCUACCUAGCCUACCUUGUGCUGAAGAUAAGGGAUCGUGCUUAUGGAUUUGAUGAACCUAUAAAGGCCAAAGUCGAAGUUGGUGGCCACACUAGCCAAGAGAAACUUAUCUACUUGAGUGCUUGCAGCGAUAAUGAUCCUCCAGAUCAAGUGUCGGAGGCAGAAUAUUUUGCACGGGAUAGAGGAGAUGGAUGGAUGGAGGUUGGGAUCGGUCAUUUCUAUAACGAAGGAGGUGACUACGAGGGCGGGGAGGUGCACAUGUCUGUGACUGAGACCGAGAGGUUAGGGGCCAAGCGCGGCCUUAUUAUCCAAGAGAAAAAAUUAUGGGCGAAGCUACAUCGGAGCAGCAACAACAUUUCAAAUCGGAGCAUCAACCUCGGACGAACAAUCAAAGUUCAAUCUAUAUCGGACCAGAGCAAUGUCGAAGACAAAGUCAGCCAACACGAUGUUGAUCCAACAGAGCUCUGAUGACAAGGUGUAUGCUUCUAUGUUCAACAAGAAUUGUGAACACAUAAAUCACGAAGCCAUCCACGUGUUCACAAACAAUAUUCGCAUACAUCCUAAUUCUAGAAUUGUCCGUCGUAUGCGUAACGGGAUGAUUAUAUCGAUUCAUCGACUCGAAGUCUUCGGGCUUGUCAUUGUCUAGUCUAAUAUUAUCAUAAAUAAUGUUCGUAUAAAGGAAUAAACCAGGAAUCAAGUAUAAAUAUAAAGCAUAUGAAGUUUAACGCUGAAUGUAAGGUGCUGAAAUCUAAAUGAGACAGAUUUACGUGGUUCGA